AUGAGAGACCUCGAUCCCUCUGCUCCGACAGCCAGUCAAUCCUCAGCUGAGGUCUAUUCGGCAUCGGGAGUCAACCAGAUACGGGGUAGAGUUCAGCCUCCUGACUCUAUGCUCGCAACCGGCUGUCUCACUGCCCUGACUGUCAUCAUUCUCACUGCUUAUCUGCGUAGAGCGUUGUCAAAAUGCCGAAUAUUCAACAUAGGGAGAGAUCGCGGGAUCGGCUCAGGAGCGAAUAGCUCGAAGCAGGCAAAUGACAGGUGCAUUGUGCAGCGCAUGGACGCCACAAAGAAAGACCUGGUUGUACUCUUCGGUUCACAAACAGGGAACGCGCAAGACCUGGCUGAGCGACUAGCGAAGGAGGGCCAUUCACGGUUCGGGCUACAAACGAUGGUGGCGGACUUGGAAGACUACGAUUAUGAGACGCUGGUCGACUUUCCCCCGCAUAAGGCUGCCGUCUUCUUGCUUUCUUCUUAUGGCGAAGGCGAGCCUACGGACAAUGCGAUACAGUUCGUUGAAUUCAUCACCUCCGAAGAGAACGAACAUCCGCUUGGCAAUAUGCGAUAUGCAAUGUUUGGACUGGGCAAUAGUACUUACGAACAUUACAAUCUUGUCGCACGAAAGGUGGACGCUGCCUUGUCACUGCGUGGUGCGAAGCGAUUGGGCGUUCUUGGCCAAGGUGAUGAUGCGAAGGGAUCAACAGAAGACGAUUUUCUUAGUUGGAAAGACGAGGUGUGGCAGGCGUUAUCGAGCACCAUGGAUCUUCAAGAGCAAGAUGCUCAGUUCGAGCCAUCGUUUGCCGUCUCAGAGGCCAAUGCGCAAACCCAGCGUGUGUUUCUCGGUGAACGCAGCGUAGACGAGCUUAAUGCAAUUAAAACCAUGCCCAGCAACCGUCGCGACCCCUGCGUUGUUCCGGUCAAGCACUGUUAUGAACUCUUCCGGUCGGCAGAGCGCAAUUGCCUUCACCUUGAGCUGGAUAUUUCGGAUUCUGAUCUGGCAUACGAGACCGGGGACCAUGUCGCAAUAUGGCCCAUGAAUUCGAAUGCAGAAGUUGAUCGUUUCUUGCGGGUGUUUGGCCUGAUAGACAAAAGACACGAGACCAUUGGUAUAUCGGCGGUCGAUGGCGUUUCCCAGUUGCCAAUUCCUACACCAACAACCUAUGACGCUGCUGCACGGUAUUACCUUGAGAUAGCAGGCCCCGUCUCCCGGCAGUUCCUUCAAACUUGUGCUGGAUUCGCUGCGGACCAGCAGCAAAAGGAGGUCCUUGCCAAGGUUGGUAACAAUAAGGAUUACUUUGCAGAACUUGUCAGCUCUCGAAUGUUAAAUAUAGCACAGCUGAUAGAGACAGUCAGCCCAGAUAAUCCUGCAUGCUCUGUCCCAUUUGCCGUUCUCAUUGAAGGUCUGCGUGCUGUCCAGCCACGCUACUACUCAAUCUCAUCAUCUUCACUGGUCGAUAAAGACCGCGUCGCGAUCACCGCAGUGGUUGAGUCGACCAAACUUGACGGACGAUGGUUCAAGGGCGUGGCAACUAACUACCUUCUGGGACUUAAGCACCAGAAAUGCGGCGAAACGCCAGAAGCAGGGAGUGUUGCCUAUGCUCUUUCUGGGCCUCGCGGCAAGUAUGAGCUCAGUGUUGCUGCCCACAUUCGCCAGUCGCACUUCAGGCUUCCAGCGGAUAUCUCACGGCCUGUAGUUAUGGUGGGUCCUGGCACUGGGGUUGCUCCAUUCCGAGCCUUUAUCCAUGAACGGGUGGCGCAGGCCAGUGCCGGUCUGUCACCUGGAAAGAUGGUCCUAUUCUACGGCUGUCGCACCCAGUCCGAAGAUUUUGUCUACGCGGAUGAAUGGAAGGAGUGCCAGUGGAAACUAGGCCCGCUUUUCACAAUGCACACUGCAUUUUCUCAACGGAGUAAGAAAAAAGUAUAUGUCCAGGACAAAUUGACGCAAUACGCGUCAACUGUCCGCUCUCUCUUGGUUGAGAACGGAGGCUAUGUCUACAUCUGCGGCGAUGCGAGAAUGGCACGGCAGGUCCAAGCCGUUUUAUGCCGAAUCCUCGAAGACGACAGCACAAGCGCAGAAUCAGGAGAGGCAUUUGUACAUAAGCUCAAGGCUACUGGGCGCUAUCAGGAGGACGUGUGGUGA